GCAAGAGCCAGUGCGUUGGGUCUGACUGGUCCAGCGUUUAUUCACUGUUGCGCUGUAGCCUGAAAGAGUGCCUGACCCUGUUGAUUUGAAGGUCAAGUGUUCGCAGUCAAUCAACCACCAGCAAUCCUAAUCUGCCUUUGAUCUGUUCCCCGUCUAUCGCCGCCAUUGCUCUUAACAUCAGCACCUCCACUCACCUCGAUCUGACCAAACAAACAGCGAACCGACCUGCGUCUUGCCGGCAACACGUCCUCGCUCUCUCUCUUUUUUUUUUAUCGUUGAAACGCCUGCUACUGCCUUGCGAUCUUCUGCCUUUAUCUUUCUCUUUCUUUCUUCAACCCACCCACUUACGUACUUUAGCUACCUACAUAAUCUCUCUAGCCAACCAUGAAUCCCGAGUAUUUCCGAUGCGGCCAUACCCCCUCUUCGAAGCCACUCAAGAUCGGGUCUUCGAUGUACGACUAUCUGUUCAAGCUUCUCCUUAUCGGAGAUUCUGGUGUCGGAAAGUCUUGUCUGCUGUUGCGGUUCGCCGACGACACCUACACCGAGUCCUACAUCUCAACCAUCGGUGUCGACUUUAAAAUCCGGACUAUUGAGCUGGAUGGAAAGACCGUCAAGCUUCAGAUUUGGGACACUGCCGGACAAGAGCGCUUCCGUACCAUCACCUCUUCCUACUACCGCGGCGCCCAUGGCAUUUGCGUUGUCUACGAUGUCACUGAUAUGGACUCGUUCAACAACGUGAAGCAGUGGCUGCAGGAGAUUGACAGAUAUGCCACUGAGGGCGUCAACAAGCUCCUGGUCGGAAACAAGAGCGAUAUGGCAGACAAGAAGGUUGUCGACUACACGGUCGCCAAGGAGUUCGCCGACAGCCUCGGUAUCCCGUUCCUUGAGACAUCAGCGAAGAACGCAAACAACGUUGAGCAGGCUUUCCUGACCAUGGCCAGGCAGAUUAAGGAGAGGAUGGGCACCACAACAACAAACAACUCGAAGCCAUCGGUUCAGGUCGGCCCAGGCCAGGGUGUGGGGUCGAACCAGAGCAACAGCUGCUGUUAAACGGCCGUUUGUAAUAGGCCGGUAUUGACUGAGAGUCCCUCGCAUACCUUCCGGUGCCCUGAUGACAAGAGAAGUCCUAUCAAGAUGCCUUGUCAUGAAUGUUUACAUUUUUCUUCUCUGAUUGGUCUCUCGGGCUGUUUCAGGUGGACUGUGGAUUCGAAUGGCGGUUGUCACCUGAUUUCGCCCUCUGGUGAGGACUCGGUCAAGGCGCUUAGGCUGCGGAGAUACCGAGUGGGACGACAGUUGGAGACGGGCCGAGAGAAUAUGAUGACGACUGGAAUUGGGAUUGGGGACUGCAUAUCGAGUUUCUCUGUCUUGUUAUUUUGACCCGUUUCUUCUUGUUCUACUUUUUUUUAGCUUUUUUUUUCUUUUUCAUGCCACGCAUAGAUGAAUCGUUGCCUGUUCUUGGAUUCGCGUCCGCAAUCCCACCACUGACUAACCCGCCUUGUUCCUUAGUGCUCUGUAGUAUUGCAUCCGAAGCGACCGGCUCGCGAUGUAAUGCAACCUGAAUCUGAGAUUAUGUGAACGUUGGCUUACACGGAUGAACACCGGUUCGGAGUGGGAUAUAAUCGAUGAAUGGACCAGACCAGCUCCCUUGGUUUCCAGUUGGGUUUUAUUUUUUUUUUAUUUUUUUUUUUUGUCAACCUUCGGGGACCUAAAUUCGGCUAUAUUUAGCACUUACGAUCGUCGGG